AAACUAUUUAAAUAUCAGUGUGUGUUGUGUUUAAUUUGUGACGUUACAAACCGCAAUGACAGACAGCGCUUCAGAACUAGAAUUGGAGUCUGAUACGAGUUCUGUCGAUGGAACAAAGGAUUCACUGGUUACAAAUGAACAGUUCUUGCGUCGUAUUGAAUCAUUAAGACAAGAAAAUCGUGUUUUAAGAACUGAAGUGGAGACAUUGAAAUUAAAAGUUAAAGGACUGAAUGACUUAAACCAGCAAUUGCGUCGCAACAGUGUGAGUAUACAAGCUAAAGCAGAACAAGAAGAAGAAUACAUUAGUAAUACAUUACUAAAAAAGAUCACAGAGUUGAAGAAAGAGAAAGAGUCAUUGGCAUUAAAUUAUGAACAAGAAGAAGAGUGUCUAACAAAUGAACUUAGCCGUAAGUUCACCCAGCUCAGACAAGAAAAAGUUGCGUUAGAAAGAACUUUAGCACGUGAGCAAGAAAACCAGGUCAGCAAAUUAAUGAGGAGAAUUGAAAAGCUGGAAGCUGAUAUGAAUCAGAAACAAGACUGCUUGGAUCGACUUCGUAGAGAAAAAAUUGAAUUAGAGAAUGCUCUUGAGCAGGAACAAGAAGCUUUAGUGAACAGACUGUGGAAGAAAAUGGAAAAGCUAGAAUCAGAAAAGAGAAUUUUGCGAGAAAAACUUGAAACUGUUGGAGCCCCUUUGCCAAAUUUGUCAUUAUGCGAAAAUCUUAGCUUCAAUUCAGAUGGUAUUAGUUCACCUGGUAAUUCAGCAAUUCCUCGACCUACCAGUAGUGGGCCCGGAAGUUUGCGCAGCUCCUUCAGACAGCAUGCCGACCCAUUGCAAGCUUCACCUUCUGGUUCAGUUGCUGUCUCAUUACCAACAACCACCUCUCCUAUUUCUCCUGGUAAAGUUUCUGUUUCAUCUGCUGGUGAAGAAAAAGUUCCUCAGUCAAAUCAAAGUUCAUCCAUUUUAAAUGACGAUGUUUGCCAAAAGCCAAAUGUAUCAGAAUGUAACGGUGCACCCUUCCCAUUACCACCACAAAGUCCUAUGGAUAUUGAUGCUUUAGACCCCAAUGCAAGCGGUGCAGCCAGUCCCAGUGGAAGUCUUCAGUCUUUACCCGCUAUUUCGAAUCAUCUUCAUUCCUCAAGCUGUCUUUCAACAACAUCUGUUAAUAAUGUACCCACGACUCAAGAUCAUUCAGCUUCUAACCAGACACAAGAUACGGCUCAUAGUACUGCAGUUCAUGUCAUUUCAACCUCAUAUGUUAAUCGCUUACGUGAUGAAGUAUGUCGUCUUCGUCAGCUACUUCAACGUUAUGAAGCAGAGUCUGCCUGUAAAAUGCCUGAAUAUGAAUCAGAAGAAAAAUCAGUUGCUGAGGAAAAUCGUCGCUUGAGAAAGCUACUUCAAGUUGAAAAAGAAAGGCGUGAAGCAUUGUCCAGACAGUUGAGUGAAAGUGAAUCAAGUUUAGAAAUGGAGGAUGAAAGGUACCCGAAGAAUCAGUCAAUUUCCACGUUAUGGGCAGCCGGGAAGUAACAACCACCCACACACUUCCAACAGCACACAAAGCCUUCCUGAACAUCAUUCUCCUUUACCCACAUCACCAUCAUCUUAUUCCCCUACUACUACAGGUAGGACUAUUCUUCAGGCUAGUGAGGCAUCUUCAAUUCACUUUGUGACCACAAACAACCAUGAGAGCCAUAGAAAGACACCAGAUAGCCAUUUGAAGCCACGUCACUAACUUCACGAAGGAGCUCUCAACGUCAGGACCCUCUCCCAAAUCGGACAACAGGCAUCACUAGCAAUUUAACGAAGCUAGUCGCACCUCCCGUUUGAGAACAAUUUCUGAUUGUACACCACCAUUUCUGCCUCAUGUUCACAAUAAUACGUCUUCAUCUCUGUAUGGUCCUGGUCAUGCAUUUGCUGUUGCAGUUGCUGCUAGCGUUAGUGGUUCGCGAGUUUGUCGCGAAUGUGGUCAACCACUCAAUUCUCCUUGUUCAGGCGAUGCAUCAGGCGGUCGAUCAUUGUCUACAUCACUUCAUAAUUCAUCUUAUGCAGGUAGUACGCGUAACUGUCCUGGCCGUUGCUGCUCUCCAGUCAGCAAUUUAAGUACCUCAGAAAUUCAGGGAAUUCAAGCCUCAAACUCGCCAUCAACACCAACGACAUCCUCCAUCAACAGUGAUCGUUUUGUUAAGCCAAUUUAUCCAGCUGCUGCUAGUCCACAGCAAAAUGCAUUCUUUUACAACAGAAUGCCAUCCUCUUUGUCCCCUGAUAGUAAUCGAAGUUCUGCAUCAGAAAAACGAUUCUCAACAAUUGGGAUCAAUUGCAAAGAUAUCCAAAAGCAGUUAGAUUUUGAAGAUGGAGAUGAAGAAGACGAUGCUCGAUGUGUCACACCUCCAAGCUGUCGAACUUAAUAUGCAGUAGAAAUAUUGAUAAAUAUUUAUUAUGUACAGCAUUCUUACUAAAAAAAGAAGGAUAACUUUUGUUUUGUCUUCUCUUAAGCGACACGCUGAGCAUAAUGUAUUAGCUCUAUCUUCUUCAUUCCUACUUUAUCGCUCUAAUUGUAACAUAUCGUACAAGUUUUAUCUCUGCUUCAUAAUUUUAAAUUACUCAUCUAUACUGGUUAUUUUAAUUUUUCUUUGACGCAGGAUUGUUGUUUUAUAAAUUUUAAAUUACAUUCACAUAACUGAGUACUUUAUCGGAAUUAUGUACUAGUUUGGUUUUUAUUUAGUUUUAUUUGUUGGACAUAAAACUCUCCGAAAGUGUUUUCUUUAUUAUUUAAUUAGCACUUCAUAUCGUAUUUAGUUACUGUGAUCUAAUUAAUAUACAUCCAUACAACAAAGACUGCUUACUACCUACCUGUAUGUUUGUGUCUAAAUUUAUGUUUUCAGUUUUCAAUUUAUUUACCCUUGACGUAUAUUACUGUAAAUUAAAUUCUUUUUAGUUUUUCUUUCUUUCGAGCCAAGUGUGUACGGAUGCCUACCAAAUACAUUUAUCUUCUGUAUUUGUCUCUGUCCCUGUCUGUCUCUGAUAUUUUUUUUUAUUCAAAAGUUAUUGUUUAAGUAAUUGACAUAGUUUUUAUGCAUAUAUGAAUGUAGAGUGUUACUAGGUUUCACUCAAGAUAUUCUGUUGUUUUAAACCUUUCUGCUUUCAUUUUUAUACGAAUAUUAGUUGAGGAGAGUGGGAGGAAGAGAGAGAUAAAGAUGUUUUCUCAGUCCUACAAUAAAAAAGUUUUUUAUCCUGACGUUUAUGCUUUAACCGUUUGUUGUUGCUUCCUUACAUGUUUAAAUGUUUAACUGUUUGUGCGCAUAUUUGUACUGCCCUAGCGCCAACAAAAUGAAAAAAAGCCAUACCGUUUUAUGUUGCUAAAUUGUUCGCCGUUAUCUUUUGUAAAUUGUCCUCUCUCUCUCUCUCUCUAGUACAAUGAUGAUUAUGGUAGGUUCAUCGAUCUCACUUGACACGUACUCACUUUGAUGGUCAGAAAUUUUUAUUUCUUUUAUUUCUGUGAUGUUAUGUGUUUCUUAUGUUUUCUCUUCAAAAACAAUUUAAUUUUUAUUUAUUCAACAAUGUGCUAAUAUUGUCAUGCCUGUUUAUCGCAUUUGAGACAAAAUUAAAGUUGAUUGUUAAUGAAAAUUAAAACCGUAUCAUUCAAUGUUAAUGAUAAAAAUAAUAAGGUUGACUACUAAUAGUGUUUUGAAAUUUUUCUAUUUAGUUUGUAUGUUUAUUUGUAUGAAUGUGUAUAUUAUUAUUAUUAUUUUAUAAACCAGACACUUGUAUUUACGGUAUGAAAAAGCACGUCAAAUCGCUUUUACUUUUUAAAAUUAUUCUAGCGGUCUAUUCAUUCGUAUCGCUGUACAUUUUAUAUCCUUGUAUAUAUAUAUAUAUAUCCCUUUUCAUAGGUGAUGAUAAUAGCUAUGGCACCGAGUAAUUGGACUUGUUUGUCUUGUAUGCAGUCGUAGGUUAAUAUAAAGUAUAAGUGGAAGAAUUUUACAUUAGAAAAUCAUGUAUUACUUAAUCAAUUACUUAACAUCUUACAGUGUUGAGAAUAAACAUUGUCAAUGCUGUAUAAUUAUUCUGAGAAUAUUGGAGGAUUUUCAUUAUGUUUCAGUCGAAUUAUAGUGUUCAUUAUCUUUUAGAUUAUCUUGAAAAUGACACUUUAUGGACUGAUAGAAUUCAAUCUGCACCAAAGAGAAGACUAGACACAUCACACUAGUUACUAGUGUCAAAUCAACAUUCAGUGUAUAUUACUCAUUCAACAUUAUCCAAAGUAUGGUGUUGUAAAUUAUGAUGAUAUAUUCGUAACCCCAGUGUGGUUUCUGGUGUAUCAAAUUACUUUGGUUACCUGUUUAUAUAUAUAUAUAUAUAUAUAUAUAUAUAUAUAUAUAUAUAGCGUGAUUAUCAGCAUCUGACUAGUCUAGUCUCACCGCUUCCUAUUUUCCUGAGAAAACUGUUUAUUACAUCGAAUAAAUGAAGCUAAUAUUCCACUAUAUUAUAUCACAUACUUUGGAACUAGUUUGUAUGUUCGAAUGGGUAAAGAUGGAUUUUUUCGAUGGUUAAAUAAUAGAAAUUAUUGUUAUUUACUGUAUACCCCUCCUUCAUAAAUUUAUUUUUAAAGAUCCUUUAGGUGCACUGCUUGUCUCAGUAUAUUUUUCAUCUUUAUCUUUCUACUGUCCAAAGAAAUAUUUAUAUGUCGGCUAGCGCAUUAAGUGUAAUUGCAGCAUUGUUCAGUUAUAGAGAAACUGUUCAAAUGUGUUUCAUUGGCAAUAAGUGGAUACCUAACAUUUCACAUAUGCUCGCGUUCUGGAUAUUAAUGUCCUUCACUGUAGCUCAGGGGUAAACUGAGGUCUCCUUUAGACUAUAUACAUGCAACCUGUUCGGAUGUUAACAUGCAUGUAUUCUCAUACACAGAAGCUAACCACAGGUAAUUGCGAACUGAAAGACAGGUUUAUGUCUAAAUUUUUCAUGACUGAUUAAUCAAAAUGAGUGGUCACCACUGCUGGCUUUCUUGCUGUAUAACGUAAACGUCCAACCACCGUUUUAGCCCAUCCAAAAUUACUAGCAUUUUCACUAGCGUUUAAUCAGUUAUUUCUUUUUGUUACACUUUUCUAUUGCAGAGUCUUUACACUUCUGUUCCCUUAUUUUAUGUAUUAUAACUUUUUAAAGUUUUGCUAGACUGAUAUUGAAUCAUCGUUUUUAUCCUUUUUUGAUAACCUCGAUAAUUUUUUAUUAUUAAACGAAAAAUACAACUAUUUGUUGAGUCUAGUAUGUCAUUAUAACCACCUAGCUCUCUGUCCUAGUAUUACUUACUUUCAAUCAUCUUGCAAACUAUUACUGCAAGCUUUCAAUUGUAACUUGAAUAGGAUUAAUUUAGUACAGAUUACAGUUGCUCUUGUUCACUUUUUACCAUUAGUCGUUGAAGUGCAGAAAUUGUAUCACUAUUUUGAUUACUUUUCAUUUAUCGUAUUUUCUACGGUCAGUCAGUAAUACUGAUAUUCAACAUAAAUAAAGUAUGCUAUAAAGUAAACUAUCCUAAUAAUAAUAAGUAAACUUUUGAUAGAGAAAGAAAGACGUGAUUUGCAGUGUAUAAAAAGAUAUCAUUCUAUUUCACAGGUUC